AAGCACGUGGCAGGCGGUGUGGGUGCUUCUUGUGGCUGUAAACAGUGCAGAUGUAGGCCACUUCCAGCCACGCCUCGCAGUAAAUAGGCCUCUCAGCUUGGUGCCUGUCCCUUUAAGAGCAGGGCGUGUCCGCUGCUGAGGAAUCAGGAAGUACGUUGACGUUUGGGUAAAAAAAAAAAAAAAGUCCCUCCUCAAGCUCGGCUGGUUGUGCGUCUAUGACCGCGGAGCUCCAAGGCUCGGCUGCCAGAAACCUCGCCACCGUCCCGGCCACCUGCCGCCGCUUCCAUCCAUGGACGACCUGGUGGAUGUCACGGCGAGUGAGACGACAGUUCCCGGGAAAGGUGAUGGCGGCGCGGGGGGGGGCAACCCGGACUACACGGCGUUUGUGCUGGUGCCCGUCUUCUUCCUCCUGGGGCUGCUGGGUGUGGUCAUCUGCCACGUGCUCAAGAGGAAGGGCUACCGGUGCACCACUACCGAGGUGCCGGAUGAGGACGAAGUGGAGGAAGCGUACGACGGAGAUGGAAAGGAUGAGUUAAAUGACACCCUCAGUGACAACAAUGACACUGUGGGACAGAUUGUCCACUUCAUCAUGAAAAAUGAAGCCAACUCGGAUGCCCUAAAAGCCAUGGUUCACGAGACCAGCAUUGACUCCGAUGGUGCGCCCGCCACCCCCACUUCCCCGUUUACGCCCUCCCCUCCGAUGACCCCGGUGUCCCCGGGAGCGCCGCCGGGGGCCGCCAAGCACACCUGCAACCACCUGCACACCAUCGGCGGCGUCGGCGGCCACAAGAACAUCUGCACGCGCUGCAGCCAGAAGAAGUGGCCGCUCAUGAGCAAGCCGCCGGCCUGCAAGGCGGAGCAACGCCGCAGCCACCACGGAGAAGUCACGGUGCUGUCCGUGGGGAGGUUCCGUGUGACAAAGUGCGACAAACCUGCGAGAGAACGGCGGACCCUGCUCGUGGCAGAUUCCAACGGGAGUGUCCCAUCCGAGGAGGUUGUGCCAAAUAGCCGAACAAUGUCCGAGUCCCACGAGGAGAACGACAACUUGGACAAGGAGAAUUGAGAUAAAUCCAGCGAUUUCGAAGCAAAGACACUUUUUUUUAGCCCCCCCCCCCCCCCGACGACUACGUCGACACAUAAGAGCAAUAUCGGUGCGCGCACCCUCUCACUCCGCAGCCUUCCCCGAUGGGACCAGCGACAUGCAGUCACAUUGAGCCUCUUAUUUUCCAGCUACGGAGGAGAAACGCAAGUGUUUCUUUCUGAAUUCAUUUCUCCCCGCCAAAGAUGUGCGCGACCUCUCGCAGAUACGGUGCAGGAAGCAAAAGUGCGUGCCAACAUCGACUUGAUUUCAUCGGACUACUUUCAUCGGUACGACCGGUCAGGGAGAGACAGGAAGUAAGGAUAAGGUGACCUUGUGGCCACAGGAACUUGUCGUAAUAAAGGAACAAAACAUCAUAUCGACCAGCCAGAUAUAUAUAUAUAUAUAUAUAUAUAUGUAUAUGUUAGUGCAAGUGUAUAAUUUACAAAGCUUGAAUGGCUUCUGUGCCAGUGAAACAUAUUUAUAAAUGAUACAUUAGGUCAGCCGGAGUAAAGGCUACAUUUUACUGUUGUUACUCACCAUUUCAUUUUAUUUCCAUUUUGUCAACUUUCUUCAAUAGCAUACUGAGAAUGCACUUUUUUUUUUUUUUUUUUUUUUAAAGCCUCUAUUCUUAGUAUGAGUAUGAGCUGCCUUCCUACUCAAAAGACGUGAAGGGUUUAUCGUUGGUUGGGCUUGUUUUUAAACUUGAACCAAAGUCACUAUUGUGUUUUGCUUCGAAAUACAAAAAAAAAAAAUGUUUGAAGGUAAGUGCUGAAAACGUGCGAAGACUGACAACGCCAGAAUUACAAGUUACCUAGUAGUAAUAGUUUCUCGAACAACAUUGUGCAGUUAGCCAUCGAGUUCUGCCUACAACCCCCCAAAAUGUAUCUACAAGUGUUUUGUGUUACGUUCACUAGCCUGCCAGCUAGCGAGCAAAGGAGCUCGCUCGACCGCGCCGGGUUCGUUUAAUAUGCCACCGCCUCGCUUGUAGUUGUUGCGUGUGCGUACCCCCCACAUAACAGACACACAGCAAAGUUAACUGACAACAGACACUGAGGGGAUCGGCGAAAAUGCGGAACGUAAAAAAGCUUAAUGUCGCUUAAUGUCCGAGAGCUGGGCUCAAUCGCCACCAAAGUUUGUGUGGAUAUCUCUACUUAUGCCCACUUCACCCUCCAAAAAUAUGAAAACAAUCGGCCAAAUAUUUUGAAUUUUAUGGACGUCAAGCGUUUUUUUGGGCCUCUUUGGUUCAACUUUAAGGAACAUUCCUGUGCUAAAAAUGAGUCCAUUCCAUUUUAAAAACACAUUUACCCCCCCCCGCCUUGUGCUUGACUUUAACA